AUGAGGGACGAAGUGAAAAUGGACGCGAAUCGGCUAAUCGCCGAAGUUUAUAAGCGGCCGGCACUUUGGAACCAAAGGCAUAUCUCUUAUCACAAUCGCGAAGUGACGAACCGCGUUUGGAUGGAGAUAGCAUCGAUAUUCAAGUUGGCCAAGCCAGUAUUAAAAGCAAAAUGGAAAGGUUUACGAGAUACAUUUCGGGCGGAAUUAAAGAAAGACCAAGUUUAUCGCAAAAGUAAAUUUCAUCGAAAUAGGCCAGUAUGGAUACAUUUUAAAAGUCUACAGUUUUUAAAAGAACAAAUGUUACCCCGUCCCCCCAUUUGGGAGCGAAGCAACUCUUGUCAAGAUGAUGAUCGCGUACCUAGCGAGGGUGAAGGCGAUGGAACGCUAAUGCAGAAUGGUUCGUCGGUAGCGAAUAGAAAUGUAGAUGAGCGAAAUACGAUUGCGAAUCAUCUUCUGUCGAUAAAUAAUGACAAUGGAUUAAAGAUCGACAGUAUUAAUCAUAUAGAUGUGAAACAGGAACCCGAGGAAAAUUUUGACAAUCUCGAGUUUCAAAGCGUUUCCGACAAUCUUACUGAAAACGAGAUGAUGUUACAAAAUAUUUCUCCCGAACAGGUGUUGAUGGGUGACAAUGACACUAACAUUGGUCUCCCAGUAGAUCCCUUAGAAGGCAACCGUUUUGAUGAUAAUUAUUAUUUCCUUAUGAGUCUUCUACCCCAUAUAAGAACUUUGCCUGCCGACAGAAGAAUGUUGCUCAGAAUGCAAAUGCAAGAACUGGUUUAUAAAGAGGUUUACAAGAAAAAUUCGGAUGGUGUUACUACAUCAUAA